CCAACUGCGGUACUGCUGUGCUACCCAAGCCCACAUAAAGAUCAUGGGGGUAGAGGGCGGAAGCCUACGAGAAGUACUGGAUGGCGCAACCCCAGAUGAGCUGCGAGGCGUGCUGCUGGCGCUCGAGGGUCGAGUGGUUCACGUCGGUGCUGUAACCGGCCUACUGGAACGGUUGCGACCACCGGCAACGGCACCAGUUGCCAGAAGCAGCAGCAGCAGCAGUAGCAGCGACUCCGCCGUUGUGCAACAACCAGCAGCCACGUUGAAAACAUCGUCCUCGGACUGCGCGGUCUCCUCUCCGGCCCCGGCUACAAAGCGUGCGCGCUGCGGGGACGCUCCCGACGGUGCUGGUCGUGAUGGUCCCGCCGCCGCUGCAGCCGCCAACAGCGUUAGAAGCGCCGCACCACCACCUCCUGCUGCGAAGGACGCCUCGGGUACCGGGGGGGGCACCGCUAGCGCCCCUCCUAAUGCCGAGAUGACGCCUCCAGGAAAUCCCGGCAGUAAGAGCAGCGGCCGAAGCGCAGGAGCCGACGCUACGACUGCAGGUGGGAGUAACGAGGCGUCGUCAACUCAGGGGUUGGGGACGGGCCACACACGGGCGGCGGCUUCGCAAGCACCGGUGCCGCCGCAGGGCCCGCGGGGGCUGUCCUGGAGAGAGAAGCAGCGGCAAAAGGCAGCAGAGAAGGAGGCCGGCGGCGGCGGCGGCGGCGGCGGCAACAAGAAGGGCAGGAAGAGCAAGAAGGGGGCAGGGCAGCAGCGGGACUUCGACCACUCGCGCUGGCGCAAGCGCACCGUCGCGGUGCAGCUCAUGUACGAGGGGGGAGGUUACGCCGGCUUCUGCUCGCAGAGCGAAGGCAACGAGGAGACAAUCGAGAAACACCUCUUCCGAGCCCUGACGACAACCAAGCUCGUAGAAACCAUCACCACGGGGGACAACUACUCCCGCUGUGGCCGCACGGACAGGGGGGUCAGCGCGCUUGGAAACGUCAUCACUGUCUCAAUGCGGUCCAAGUUCCCCAAGCACGUGCCCGACGCCGACCUCCCUACGUCACCGCUCGGGUCCCUCUGGGUAGCCCCGACCGCUCCACCACCAAACGGGGCGGAAUCAGUUGGAGAACACGACGGUGCCCCUAAGAAAGAAAACCAAACGAUGCCCGAAGGCAGCGCUGCUGCUGAGCAAGAACAGCCAGCCGCCGGGGUCGCAGAAGAGGGUAGCGGCCUAGCCAAGGGAAAAAAUUCGGAGGGUUGCCCUUCUGAUUCGCGUCAUCAAGCUAGCGGUGCUCCCGAACCUUGGACGGAGGCUGGAGGAGGAGAGGUCGGACGCGGAGAAGUGGCGAGUGGAAACCCUCCUGGUGGCGGAGGCGGCGGCGGUAGCAGCGUCGUUGCGAGUGCAGCCGACGCCGGAGCAGGCGAGAACGGCGGCGGCGGCGGCGGGGGGCUACGCGGAAGCGAGGGCGAGCGGGGGGGGAAGCUCGGCGGUGGCAACGGCAAUGGCAACGACAAGACGAAGAAGAAGCACAAGAAGAAGAGCCGCAUGAGCGGGGGGAGCGGGGGCGGGGGUCCUCCGGCUGGAGGAGAGGUUACCGAGAUCGACUACUGCGGGAUUCUCAAUCGGGUGUUGCCGCCGGGGGUCCGCACGCUGGCGUGGGCACCGGUCACGGAGGGCUUCAGCGCUAGGUUCAGCUGUUCCGACAGGACGUACAGGUACUUCUUCAUGGCGAGAGACAUGGACGUAAAGGCUAUGAACGAAGCGGCGUCUAAGAUCGUCGGCAGCCACGACUUUAGAAACCUCUGCAAGAUUGGUACGAAGGGUCAUACCCGUAUUGUUUUGGUGGACUACAUGGCGGUGUUGUAUGACGAGAUCGGCCCAAACCUUUGCAAGGUUGGUGCGUAG